AUGACAGCUAUUCAGUUAGUACUAGUGUACUUUCAGGUAAUGUUGUUGUUGUGGUCAUUUGAUGAUCCAUCGCUUAUUGCAGAAGCACAAGCUAUGGAAAACCCUGGAAUUUGUCCAGGUGUCUGUGGCAAUGUUAGCAUUCCAUAUCCAUUUGGAAUGAGAGAAGGUUGUUACCAUGACGAAAGCUUAAAAAUACUUUGCAACUCUAGUGAAAUUCCCCUACUUUCAAUAAACGGCACUGAUCUGGUGGUGACAGACAUUUCGGUUGGUGACAGCACCAUUACGGUCAACUUUCCAAUUGUCUUUGCAAACUGUGAUGGCAAAGAAAGAAACACCGUUUUUGACUUGGAAGGAAGCCCUUUUGUUUUCUCCUCAGAUUUGAAUAACUUCAUUGCAAGUGGCUGUGACAACCUUGCCUUGCUGAUUCAGAACCAGUCAGCAGUUGGUGGGUGCAUGUCAAUCUGUGAUCAUGAAAGAAGCAAUAACUACUUAUUGAGUAGUUGCAGCGGCAUCAACUGCUGCCAGACUAGCAUUCCUUCAUAUCUCAAGGUUUAUAAUGUAACCUUUGAAGGGGUAAAUGAUGGGAAAGGAAUUGGAGUGGGAUUUGGAGUGUUGUUUUUACUCAUUGGUUUGUGGCAGUUGUACAAGGUAUUCAAGAGGAGGAGGAAUGAAAGACUGAGGGAAAGAUACUUUAAAAGGAAUGGUGGUUUAUUGCUGCAAGAACAACUGUCUUCAGGCGAAGUCCAUGUUGAGAAAGUCAAAUUGUUUGCAUCCAAAGAAUUAGACAAUGCCACAGAUCACUACAGUGUGAAUAGAAUGCUUGGCCAGGGAGGUCAAGGUACAGUUUACAAAGGCAUGUUGGCUGAUGGAAAGAUCAUCGCAGUUAAGAAAUCCAAAAUUCUCGAUGAAGGGAAUCUCAGACAAUUUAUCAAUGAGGUGGUCAUUCUGUCACAAAUUAACCAUAGAAAUGUGGUUAAGCUUUUGGGCUGUUGCUUGGAGACUGAAGUUCCAUUGUUGGUCUAUGAAUUCAUUCCAAAUGGGACACUUUCCCAGCUACUCCACUCCCCAAGUGACGAACUCCCAUUCACUUGGGAUAUGCGCUUAAGGAUUGCAACAGAGGUAGCAGGGGCACUCUCCUACCUGCACUCAGCAGCUUCCAUCCCCAUUUAUCACAGAGACAUCAAGUCUACGAACAUACUGCUUGAUGACAAGUACAGGGCAAAAGUAGCAGAUUUUGGGACUUCUAAGUCAGUAACCAUCGACCAGACUCAUGUCACAACUCUAGUACAAGGCACCUUUGGAUACUUGGAUCCAGAGUACUUUCAAUCAAGCAAGUUCACAGACAAAAGUGAUGUGUAUAGCUUCGGUGUAGUCCUCGUCGAGCUACUCACUGCGCAAAAGGCAGUGUCCUUUUGCAGAUCGGAGGAUGAAGCCAGAAGUUUAGUGACAUAUUUCCUUAUGUCCAUAGAGGACAACCGUCUGUCAGGAAUUCUUGAUCCUCAAGUUAAAGUUCAAGGCAGGAAGGAGGAUAUAAUGAUGGUUGCUGUCUUGGCUAAGAGCUGCUUGAGCAUGAAAGGAAAAGAAAGGCCUGCAAUGAAAGAAGUUGCCAUGGUGUUGGAGGGCAUCAGAAACUCACAUGAGUGUCAAAAAUCACCGAAGGAUUUUAUCAUUCCGCAAGAGAUCGAUUAUGAUGCCAACGAUUUCAUGGAGGUACCUUGGGACCUAGUUUCUGUCACAGCAGAUUCUGAUUGA